AUGUCAUCCGCCAUUCUGACUGAAAAUCGAAGAUCAAGGGAAGUUUCAAAGGAAAUUGACGAUCCCGAGGAUAUUUUAUCAUCUUCGUUACAGACGCUCUAUGAUUAUGCCCCGAUCACCUACUCCGCACCCGGAUCUCUGUUCACUUACCCUCCAAAGCACCAGUCAUCUUCACACACACCUGUAGAUUCUAUCAACCUUCGCACACCAGAAACACACUCUGCCAAUUGGUCUUUGCACGCCUCAGCGAUAUGGGUUGCCUCGCUCUUCAUCGCGGACAACAUCCAUAGGCUCGGUCUAGACGAGAAGACCUCGAACUCAGACAGCCCUAUCCGAGUCCUGGAACUCGGCGCAGGCGCGGGCCUCCCUUCGAUUCUCAUCUCAAAGUUUUACCAGAACGUCUCCGUCGUAGUUAGCGACUACCCCGACGAGAGCCUCAUCCGGACGCUGCACCAGAAUGUCGAGGAGAAUAAAGCCUCGGGCCGGUGCACGGCGGCCGCCUACGCGUGGGGGAUGGACACGUCCACGCUGACGUCGGCGGGUGCCUCUGGAGGGCCGUUUGACGUUGUGAUCGCUGCAGACACGCUAUGGAAUCCCGAUCUGCACACGCCGUUCAUCGACACGCUCGCUCGGUGUCUUCGGAAAGACGAUGGGGCACGGAUACACCUCGUUGCGGGCCUGCACACGGGGCGGUAUACCAUUCAGGCGUUCCUCAAUGCCGUCAUCACCAAGGACAUCGGGUUGGCGCUAGAGAGCGCGACAGAGCAUGAAGUCAGUGGGCAGGGCCAGAGAACAUGGGACGUCGAUCGCGCGGAGGGCGAAGAUGAGCGAGAGCGGAGAAAAUGGGUGGUAUGGAUGAUUCUGAGGUGGCAUUAG